AUGAAUGAAACAUUUCAUUCGUUUCUCGCUUUCUUUAAUACUACUGAUCAAUUCUCUAGCUUUAUCAACGGAACAUCGUGGGCCAACCUUCAGCCUCAGAACCUACAUGAGCGGGUCGAAGUGAUUUUGUGUCAGCCAGAAACAAUACUCAUUUUACUGCUGAGUUUCUUGGCUCUGUUAGUUAAUAUACUGUCUAUAUGUGCCACAGCAAACAUCCCACACGGUUUGACCACUCACUCCAAACUCAUUAUCAGCCUCGCUUUGUCUGAUAUUCUUAUUACACUCAGCGUGUUUUUUCAUUUGCUCAACAAAGUUUUAAAUUUUGUCAAAUUUCCACCUCUGCUUGACCCGAACGAUCGACUGGUAUCGUCUUGCAUGUUUGCUUUGAUCAAUGGAUUGAACACCAUGGCUCACUUGAUUUCUCUUUUAAAUCUUCUCGCCAUGGCCAUAGACCAUUACACUGCCGUUUUCCAGUCUCUUUACUACAACACAAUUCUGAGUCGAAAGAAAGGAAACAUCAUUAUUGCUUUUUUGUGGAUUCUCGCGUUUAUUGGUGGAUUUUGCAACUUCCUAACGGGUCUGGGUUCAUACAAAAACCGUGCACGGUAUGUAAAUUACUGCGAGGUAAUCAUGUAUAAUGAUUUUCAUGGCGAAUACCUCGUUAUGCUCGUCACCUUUAUAUGUUUUGUGUGUAUUUCUUUUAUGUAUUUACGGAUUUACUGUGAAGUAAGGAAGAUCAAUAAUAGACUGACGUACCUACAAAAAGACAACUUUCAUAACAAAAAGUCCCUCAUUACAACGUUACUCAUCAUCGGCACAUUCAUCAUUUGCUGGCUUCCCACGUGCAUUUUCAAAAUUGCAAUGAUAAUUCAAAUUCGUGUGAAUCGGGAAAUAGUGCAAAAGUUAUUUGUGACUUUCCUGCGUGCUAAUAAAUAUCUUUAUGCUUUAUUGCUGCUGAACUCUGUAUGUGAUCCGAUUAUUUAUGCAGUGCGUUUACGAGAUGUCCAAAUGGGCUACUACAGACUUCUGUCUCGAUGCUUUAAGUGUUAUGCGGAUAAAAUCAGAGAAGAGUGGCAGAAUUCUUACGGUGAUCGUAGAAACACAAGGAGAAAAUCAUCCAUUGUUGAUACAGAAAAUGGAGACUAUGGUGCAGAUUGUGAGUGUUUCACAGAACCGUAUCACGACGCAGAAAGGAUAACAGUUUCAACAAGAACAGAGUUGUUGGUCAAUGGAAAAGACUUGGAGGAGGAACACACUUUAUAA